AUGUCUGAGCUUAAACUUAAGGUGCAAGUGUCGGAGUCUAAAAUUAGAGGCGGCCGCUUCGGCUGUGCGAUGCGGAUUCGUGACCCGAGAAACGGCUCUCGGGACAGGGACCGCAAACUGUUCAUACAAAAAUGCGCGCGUGUGUGGAUUUGUCUCGUUUCCUCAGAGUAUCUGCUCAGAGAGGGGAAUGAGGAAAGCAAUGCGAAGCACGGCUCGAUUUUGUUCAGUGCACGCGAAAGGAAGGAUGUUGGCUAUUUCACAUUCUGGCGUGUCGAGACGAAAAAACGACAUAUAACCAGAAGGCUCCGAGAAUUAGACAGAUACACAAGAUGGAAAGAGGAGAAAUGCAAGCAAGAAGAGAAAUCCUCCGCGCCGAAGCGGAGCUGCACACUCGCUUUAUGUACUGAGUCCGAGCACGUCGACAACGCCUCAGGCAAGGCCGCGAAUGGAAGUACCUAUUGGAAUUUGGAAACAGUAUCAGCUCCUGACAAUCCCACUACAAUCCCCCGUACCCUCAUCGAUCCGAGGCAAAAGCAAAAGGGAAGAAAACAGCAGGAGUGUUGUGAAACGGAAGGCGAAAGGGAGCGUGCAAUCGAUGACGACGACGCGGAAGCCGCGUGGGGUGCACAAGGGCAAAGAUGGGCGCGUAACAAAAGAGAGGAGAAAGAAAACGGGCGCGGGUGA